AUGGGGGUGGGAUGCAAUGUGCCACUGUGGUUGUUACUGGUGCCACUGGUGCUGGUGGCUCUGGGUGCAGGGAACAGCUUGUUGGGGGGUGUGGCCGGGCUGGGCCAGGCAGGCACCCCUCGCUAUGAGGUGGUGAUACCCCGGCAGCUGGCCCCACGGCAUGGCAAGAAGCUCCAUGAGAUCUCAUACGUGCUGCAGCUACAGGGGCGGGACCGUGUGCUACGGCUGCAGCAGAAGGAUGCCUUUGUGCCACAGCACUUCACCCUCUUCACCUAUGGUGCUGGCGGUGUCCUACAGGCAGAGCAGCCCUUCCUGCAGAAUGACUGCUUCUACCAGGGAUAUGUGCAGGGCAGCCCCACAUCCAUGGUGGUGCUCAGCACAUGCUCAGGGGGGCUGCGAGGGCUGCUGCAGCUGCUGGGCAGCACCUAUGGCCUUGAGCCUGUGCCAGGCUCCACCACCUUCCAGCACCUUCUGUAUUGGUUGGAGGAGGGGAUGAGUGUCCCUGGCAUGCGCUGUGGCUUGACCAAGAAGGAGUUACAGCACCAGGAAGCACUGAUCCCCGGCUUCAAUGUCAACUCCACAGUCAGGCAGGCAGCCAGGGAGGACUGGUGGACCCACACCCGCUAUGCAAAGGUGGCCAUCGUGGUGGAUCAUGAGCGAUUUGUCCAUUCCAACCGCAACGAAACAAAGGUCAUCAGGGAAGUGCUAGACAUCAUCAACAUGGCGGAUUCACUGUAUGCCCCCCUUGGUGUGCGGGUGCAGCCACUUGGGCUGGAGAUCUGGACACAAAACAAUCUGAUAACAAUUAGUAACUAUAUAAAUACGACACUUGAUAAUUUUAAUAAAUGGAGAAGACAUGUGCUUAGGCAACGUCUCCUACAUGAUGCUGGUCACCUGUUUGUGCAUAAGAAUUUUGGAUUUACGCUUGGAGUAGCCUAUUUUUCCCAAGUAUGUGUUAAUUAUUGGGCAUCAGGUGUUGAAUCAUUCACUACUUCCAACUUGUUCUCAUUUACUCUAACUUUUGCUCAUGAGCUGGGCCAUAACCUUGGCAUGCCACAUGAUAAACAAUACUGCACUUGUAACAGAAGUGGGUGCAUCAUGUAUGAGUACCACGUCAUCACAGAUGCAUUCAGCAACUGCAGUUAUAAUGCCUAUUACAACCUAAUGAUGACACGUGCACAAUGUCUGCAGGAAGCUCCAGCACCCGAGGCAGUCUAUACUCUCAAUUACUGUGGCAACAAGGUGGUGGAGACAGGAGAGGAGUGUGACUGUGGCUCAGACCUGGCAUGUGGCAGAGAUCCUUGCUGUGAACCCAAUUGCACAUUGAGUGCGAGUGCAGCCUGUGCUUUUGGAGAUUGCUGCCAAGACUGUCAGAUUCUUCUGGCAGGAACACUAUGCCGAGAACGUACUGAUGAGUGUGAUCUGCCUGAGUACUGCAAUGGAACUUCCCAGUGGUGCCCGAAAGAUGUGUAUGUGCAAGAUGGUGCUCCAUGCCAGCAUGGUGCCUACUGUUAUCAUGGAAACUGCUCUACUCAUGAUAAACUGUGCAAAUCUAUCUUUGGCAAUGAAGCAAGUGUCGCUGAACAAGGUUGCUUCAAUGAACUGAAUGCUCGAGGCGACCGGUUUGGCAACUGUGGUAUAACUGGAGCUAAUACAUAUAAGAAAUGUAAAGUUGAGGAUACCUUAUGUGGUAGGAUCCAGUGUGAAAACAUGAGAAAUCUACCUUCUUUGGAGAGUCAUAAUACUAUUGUUCAAACUCCCUUUGAUAAUAAACAGUGCUGGGGUACAGACUAUCACUUGGGGAUGGAGAUACCUGAUAUUGGAUCAGUUAGAGAUGGCACGCCGUGUGAUAAGGACAAGAUCUGUUUCAAGAGGAGGUGCAUCAGAGUGGCUGUUCUGCACUAUGACUGUAACCUCACCCGGUGCCAUAACAGAGGAAUAUGCAACAGUGAAAGACACUGCCACUGUGAAUAUGGCUGGGCUCCUCCAUACUGUCAAAAUAAAGGACUUGGAGGGAGCAUUGAUAGUGGACCCCCUCCAGCUAUCGAAGUGACUACCAGGAGCUUUGUUGUGGGAAUAGCAGUAAUGGGCACUAUUGGUGUUCUUGUGAUGGGCCUUUGUGUAUAUUACAGAAAUGCCUUAUCAGAAUGCUUCAGAAGGUUAUUAGCCAGAAUCCACCCAAAAAAGUAAGCUGUUGCUUCAGGGAAUCAAAAGGAAAUCCCCAGUAGCUAACUAAGACAACAGCUGCUAAUAUACCAAACCCCAGCAUAGAGCAUGUGAGGGGAAA